AUGUCCGCAACGGUCACCUCACUAUUCUCCCUCAGCGGAAAGACCGCAAUUGUAACGGGUGGAACAAGGGGGAUCGGUCAGGCAAUGGCCUUGGCCCUGGCCGAGGCCGGUGCUGAUAUCGUUCUGGUUCAGCGAGACGAAUCCAACACAGAAACCCGGGAUGAGAUUGUCAAUCGGAUUGGUCGCAAAGCUUGGAUUCAUGUCGCAGAAUUGUCAAAGCGCGAAGCCGUCAAGGGAAUCAUACCAGCAGUCACAGGCCAGGGGCUGAAGCCGGAAAUCCUUCUAAACUGUGCUGGCAUCCAGAGAAGGCAUCCCAGCGAACAAUUCCCAGACGAAGAUUGGGACGAGGUUAUCGAAGUGAAUUUGACCUCGGUCUUUACUUUGUGUCGCGAAUUCGGAGCCUACUUACUGGCUCGGGAUGUCUCUGAAUUCCCUUCCGGCCGCAGGGGCUCAAUCAUCAACGUUGCGUCGCUUCUUUCUUUUCAGGGUGGCAUCACCGUACCGGCAUAUGCAGCAUCCAAAGGUGGCAUUGCCCAAUUGACCAAGGCCUUGUCGAACGAAUGGAUCAGCAAGGGUAUUAAUGUCAACGCCAUUGCCCCUGGGUAUAUUGACACAGACAUGAACGUGGCCUUGAUCAACGAUGCCAACCGGAACGCCGGUAUCAUGGCUAGAAUCCCAGCCGGCCGAUGGGGAAAGCCGGAAGAUUUCAAGGGCGUGGUCGUCUUCUUGGCGAGUCAAGCAAGUAGCUAUGUUUCAGGGGAUAUUAUUUGCGUCGAUGGCGGUUGGAUGGGACGAUAA